AUGUGGGAGUAUCAUGGGGAAGAUAUUACAGAAGUAAACGAAGACCGAGAGGAACUGAAAACAAAUAAUGAAGAAGACGAAAUAUCAUGUGAUAGUGAUAAUGAAGAAGAUGACGAUAUGAUACCAACAUUAGAAGAUUUAGCUAAUCAAUAUCAUCAUAAUAUUGAUUUUGUGAACCUUGGAGAUUCAAAUGACCACAACAAUGAAAGGAAUACAUUGCCUGAAUUAUUUGCUGAAGUAGAAAAAGAGUUGUAUUUUGGAUGCACAAUAUUCUCAAUCUUAACAUUUAUUGCUAAUUUAAUGCACAUUAAAGUUAUGUGUGGUUGGACCAACAAAUCAUUUGACUUGUUGCUUGACUUACUUUGGAAAGCAUUUCCCAAAGACAAUAAGAUUCCACGGUUUUAUUAUGAGGCUAAGAAAAUGCUGCGUGAUCUUGGUUUAGGGUAUGAAACUAUUCAUGUAUGUGAGUUUGAUUGUGCUUUAUACUGGAAAGAAAAUAAAAAUGCUGAAAGAUGUCCGAUAUGUGGUCAUGAACGAUACAAAUUCCAAGGAACUAAAGGUAAGAAGAUCCCAAAUAAAAAGAUGCAAUAUUUUCCUAUAACUCCACGUUUGCAACGACUUUUUAUGUCUCGCCAUACAUCAUCUGAUAUGAGGUGGCAUAUGGAAGAACGUGUUGAUACUGAAGGUGUACUUAGACACCCAACAUAUGCAAAUGUUUGGAAGAAUUUUGAUAGACAAUAUCCUGAUUUUGCAAAAGAAUCUAGAAAUGUUAGGUUAGGAUUUGCAACAGAUGGGUUCAAUCCAUUUGGUGAUUUAUCAAACUCGUAUAGCAUGUGGCCAGUGUUGCUAAUGCCAUAUAACAUGCCACCAUGGAGAUGUAUGAAACGAGAAUUCUUAAUGAUGGCAUUACUAAUUCCAGGACGUCGUGCUCCAAGUAAAGACAUAGAUAUCUAUUUAGAAUCUUUGAUCGAUGAGCUUAAGGAACUAUGGGAAAAUGGUGUACACACUUUUGAUAUUAUCAAUAAAGAAUAUUUUACCACGCGUGCUGCAAUAUUGUGGACAAUAAAUGAUUUUCCAGCAUAUGGUACUGUAUCUGGGUAUAGCACUCAAGGGUAUAAGGCUUGUCCUGUUUGUCAGGAUGACACAUUUUCAUUUCGAAUAAGAAGAAAAAUAUGUUUUAUGGGUCAUCGUCGAUAUUUGUGUCCGAAUCACGAAUGGCGCAAUGAUAGAGAGUAUGAUGGUACAACUGAAAGACGUUUGCCUCCAAGAAUUUUAACAGGAGAAGAAAUCUUAGAUAAAUUAAAAGGUGUGUGGAAAUGUAGGCCAGGUAAAAAUGAUAAGAUCAUUAAGGACAAUAAGCAACAAAUGAAUGAUGCAUGUUAUGAAAACAAAACGAACUGGAAGCGAAAAAUUGGCACAAUAUUUAGUAUCGAUGGGAAGUCUAAAGAUACUAAAAAUGCAAGACUUGAUUUACAAGACUUAAAUAUUCGUAAGCAGCUACACUUGAAAAAGAAGGGGAAUAACUGGUUGAAACCAGCAGCAUGUUAUACGUUAUCAACGAAGGAACGACAAGAAUUUUGUACGUUUAUAAAGUCUGUAAAAUUUCCUGAUGGAUAUGCAGGAAAUAUUUCUCGAAAUGUUAACAGGUUGUUACCUAUUGGACUAAGACCAUAUUUGAAAAAGAAAGUGAUGGAUGUAAUUGCUAAGUUGUCGUUAUUCUUCAAAAAGUUAUGUGCGAGGACAUUAUAUGUGAAAGACUUAGAUGAAUUGGAAGAGGGCAUUGUGUUCACGCUAUGUAAAUUAGAAAGUAUUUUUCCUCUUGCUUUCUUCGAUGUGAUGAUACAUCUUGCGGUGCACCUGCCAUUAGAAGCUAAGUUAGGCAGUCCAGUACAAAUGAGAUGGAUGUAUUCGAUUGAAAGGGAAUUAGGUCAUUUGAAAAAAUAUGUAAAGAACAAAGCCCGACCUGAAGGUUCCAUUGCUGAAGGAUACGUUAUUACUGAGGCAUUAAAUUUAUGUUCAAUGUAUCUUUGUGGAAUAGAAACACACUUUAAUCUUGUAGAUCGUAAUCCUGAACACAUUGGAAUUAGAAAACAAUCUACCCUAUCUAUAUUCAACGUGCCUACAAGACCAUUUGGAAGACAAUCAUCUAUCACAUUGACUCAAGAUCAACGAAACCAACAUAAAAUUAAUCUUUCAAGUGCUUAUUAUGAAAACAGUGAACAUAGAUUAUUCUUACAAUCACAAGGAAUUUUGGAUAUUGAUAAAGUGCAAAAGAAUGAAUUUUCAACUUGGUUUGAAAAUAAAAUAAAAAAAAAGAAUGAAACAUCAUCCGGUGAAGCACAAGAAAAUUUGUAUGCAAUUGCAAUGCAACUAGAUUAUUUGGAAGUGCAUUACCUAUAUUGGAACAAAGUUAUAUUGUUCAAAUGUUCUUGGUACAAUACCAAUGAAAGUGAAAAUAGAAUGUAUACUGAAUAUCAUUUUACUAGUAUAAACACCAGCUCAAAAUGGUUUGAAGAUGAACCAUUUGUUAUUGCCAAUCAAGUAAGUUCAGUUUUUUAUUUGGAGGACCUUAACAAAAAUAAAGAUUGGAAAGUGGUGCAGAAAGUAAAUCAUCGUCACAUCUGGGACAUACCAUCAAAGCCAGAGGAUGGUGAAGUUGAUGAUGAAGAUCCCACUAUCAUCAAUUCCGAAGCAUAUCAAGAAGAAUCAUCGAAUGACAUUGACAUAAAUUUUGAUUCAACGACAAGUGAUACUAAUCUUAUUCGAGGUGAUAUUGCAGAUAUAGAAUGUGAUGGUGGAUUGUUCAAUGAUCUUCUAAUAGAUCAUAAUGAUCAAGUUCAAAACAAAAUAAACAAUGAUGACACUGAUGAAGAAGCUUUACUUAAUGAUUCCGAAGAAACAAUUUUGAGUGAUGAAAGUGAUUAA